CAAAUUAGAAUCUAAUACAUUUUUUUCACUAAUCAUCAUUAAUGUUUCUGGAACGCAAGAAUAUGCAGCGAGUAGAAAGAACAAUGCACCUGCCGCAGUUGCAUUAUCGCUGGCAUUGCUUCUCAAUCGGAAUUGCUCAUUAUUCCUAGAAAUCCGUGUCUUGACAUGCAGAUCAAAAUUGGACGUCGGGCUUACAAGAAUUACUAAAGGAAUGGUAAACGAUACAACGAGGUUCUUGAGUAUUUUGAGUAUCGUUCAAAAAAUCCCGAGACAGGUGUGAUUGAUCAAAAAGAUAUUGUGCAUGUUUUCCUUGUUAUUGGAAAAAGAGUAUCUUGGGACGAAGCUGAAGCACUGUGCACUUUAUAUAGGAAACGUGAAAACAAUGAAUAUAUUCAUGAUACAACUAUUAAUUCUAAUAACAACGUUGCUAAUAAUUUGACAGGGACUAGUAACGAAAACAAAAAUAUAGAAAGCAGACUGGCUAUGAUAUCGAAUAAGGAUAUGCAAAAAUGGUUAUCGCAAAAAUUAGCCGAAUCUAAUUACAAAUACGACGGGCUUUGGAUAGGAGGCCGAAGAAAGGACGUGAAUUCCGAUUGGUUGUGGACAAAUAAAAAUUUAAUAAUUCCAAAAGACAUGGUGCUUUCUGCAUAUCCAAAUUGGUACGAACUUCCGAAUCAUUUACACGAAGACAGAAAUUGUCUAAUAAUAGAUAGACAGGGUCACGAUGUGCCACGAUUUCUGCCAGAGAAUUGUCAGCUGCGCAGACCUUGCAUCUGUGAGACAAUAGAUAAAAGAAAGGUACAUGACAAAGAGAAGAUUAUCGAGACUGCCAACAUCAGUGUCAACGGUUAUCUUUAUACACUGUAUACGGUUGUCAACGAGGAGAAUGAAGAUUUAAAUAAUUUUGGCGUCAAGAAACUCAAUGGCGGUGGUAUAACUUGGAAAGAGGCUCAAGUGGAAUGCCGUAAGCGUGAAAAGCAUAUGGCAUUGAUAUUUAGCAAUGACGUUGCUGUAUCAAUAGCAGCUGCAAUGAUGAAAAGUAGACCAUCAAUGGAGAGCAUCUGGUUAGGAGCUUGGAGUGCUGAUGGAUAUGAUUGGUCUUGGAUUUCUUCAGGUUGCAAAUUGCCAUCUGUAAAGUCUAACGUGUCUCUUUAUCCUCCGUGGCUUCCAGGCCAUCCAAUAAUUCUAUCUGACGAGGAAUGUAAUCGGCAGAGAUCAGGAAGGUGUCUCAUUCUUGAUAGACAUUUGUGUCCUCAUCACAUCACUCCCGUAUUUCUUGAUGUGGAUUGCGAAAAGCGUAGACCAUUUCUAUGUCAAGAUGUAAUUCCGGACAAUCCAAUCAUUGAAAAUGACAAUCUUUACAUAGCAAUGGAAGAUUCUUGGCUUAAGAUUUCUGAAAGUUAUAUGACAUAUGAAGAAGGAAUUCACUAUUGCGAAUAUUAUUACGGUCAUGUGGCUAGUAUAUUUGAUUUCAAAACACUUGCAUUGAUUCUUGAAAAAAUGACAGAGCUGUCAUUGGAUCAUCUCUGGGUUGGCGGUCGUACAAAAUAUAUUGAUGGAGAAUACAAAUGGAUAGAUGAAAAUAAUGAAGUACUCAAACGAAAUGGAAUUGGUGCAAGAAGUUCCUGGUGUCUUGGAGAUGACGAGUCGUCAUUGCCAAAGGCAGAGUCCAAUACUUGUCUUAAUUUAGAUAGAGAGGCUCGUGGUCUGCCUUUAUUUUAUGGUUUACCUUGUAAUGGAACUAAACAACCUGUAUUGUGCCGUAUAUCUUAUUCAAAUGAUACUUAUUCCAAUGAAACUUCUGAUGUAGUAUCGACUCUUACAAACAGGAUAAGCAAAUUGACAAAUGUACCGAAAAGUGGUAUUCUCUUCGUGAUUGAUGACAGUAUAAGCAUUCUGAAUAGAUGGUUGGCAGAACAAUUUAAAUUGGCAAGCGUUAUUAUUCGCAAUUAUUUUCCACUUUCCAAGACGCAUCCACUGGGCCUAAUUACAUUUUCUAAACGAUCAAAAGUAAUAUUUGAUUUUAAUCAGACUAACGAGUGCUCUGCUAUUAAUUCAUUGGCCGAUCAAUUAAUUCUAAAUCGAGGACUUAGUCAGGAUGAUAAAGAAAUCAAUGAUCUUACCACGAGUCUAAUUAAUGCGGUGGAUACUGCCAGUAGCAUUGUAUUACACUCCAAUCUUUCAAAGACAAUGACACUAUUUAUAACGGACGGAGAACAUUCUGAAGAUACUAGUAAGAUCCAAGUAGCUGUUGAACAAAUUAAAUCUUUGCGAAAUGCAGGACAUGAAGUAUUAGCAAUGGUUAUUAUACGAGGGCAAAAUCAAUCUUACAAUUAUGACACAGUGAAUAUCCUGUUUAAUGAUCGUUCCAGCAGUGAACAGAAUUUAUUUUAUGUAGAGGAUUACAAGGGGUUGGGGAAAUUAAUUAAAUCACUGAAUGUAUCUACUCUAGUAGAAAAAUCGACAUGUAAAGAACCUGCAUGGAUUGUACCAAAAGAUGAUGAGCUACUGUCGCGUCUGGUGCAGUAAAAAUUAACUACUUUAUUCAUUGAAUUGAUUGAAAUGUACUAAGUCAAAUAUGGUUUUAUAUUAAUGUGAGUUAAAUGGAUGGAAUGCUUCUAAUGCCAAGGUCUUGGGUA